UAACUGUCAUCAUGCAAAUGCUCGCACAACAAAUAACAUAAAUAAAAAACUUGUCGCACGAAAUGUUUUGGGGUUUAAAUUAAUUUCAUCGAAGUCAGCAUCGAUCCUAUAUAAGCCCCACACUCUUCCACAUUCAAAAUCAAACCCAAUCCACAAACAUUGCCGCUCCAAAUCAAAACUAUAUAAUCUUUUUAUUAAGCUUAAGAUUAAGUGUGUGUGAAUUAAAAGUAGAGAAAGUUUAUGGUUAUGUCUAGUUUUGGUUAUUCUUCCAUUUACUCGGAGUCCGCUCCCCUCGCCGGCAUCCACCCCGAUAUCAUCCAAUCCCACAUCUUGAGCAGGCUUGACGGCCCCACUCUCGCCACCGCCACCUGCACCUCCGCCGCACUCCUCUCCAUGUGCAGCGCCGAUCGCCUCUGGAGGGACAUCUGCACCUCCACCUGGCCCUCCACCGCCGCCUUCCCCUCCGGACACCGCUCGCUCUACUCCGAUGCCUUCCCCGCCUCCCGCCCCGUCCCCUCCGCCGCGCCGGCGGACACACCGGAAUUGAUCUCCGCCGUGGAUAUCUACUACGACGGCGCACCUCUGUACUCGAAGGUUUUCGCGACGGAGGCGCGUUCGGCGUGGUUCCUGAGCACGCCGCUCCGGCUGGAGCUCUUGGGAGGAAAGGAGACCGUGGCGCUUCCCACGGAGCCGGACGGCGGCGGCGGCGAGGCUCCGUGCGCCUCACGCGCCGCGGAGCGGCUCGGUGUGAGCUGGAUUGUGAUCGACCCGGCGCGGGGGCGGGCGGUGAACGUGGCGGGCCGGGCGGCGGUGGAGGCGGGGCGGGACUGGUUGAGCGGCGACAUACAGCUGCGGUACGCCUCCGUGGCGGAGGACGGCGAGAUGGUGUGGUGCUCGGUGGCGGUGACGUGCGGCGGGAAGGAAGGGGGCCGGCUGCGCGUGAAGGAGGUGAGCAUGCGGGUGGAGGAUUUAGAGGGGAGGCUUCUGAGUGGGGCGGAGUGCUUGAGAGUGUUGGGGGCGGCGAUGGAGGGGGGAAGGCGGAGGAGCGACGGAGUGGUAGAGAGAGAGAGUUAUCAGAGGUUUUUGAGGGUGAGGAGACGGUGUAGAGAGAAAAACCAGAGCAGAGAAAGGGGGUUGGACAUGGCCUGCGCCGCCACCGGAAUUUCUAUUUUCUUUGCAUUUUUCUUAUUUUUUUUGUUGAGAUAGAUCAUAAAAUCAGUGUGUAAUUGUAUGAAUGUGUGGACGUGAGUUCUAAUUAAAACAUAACUUCUUUUCUUUUUUCACUUGAAGGCGGAGAAGGAAUGAAAUUUAAAUCAUAAUACUAGAAUUUAUAAA